AUGAAUGUUUAUGGCGUGAAUACAUGCGUUUUACUGUUUGUGUCAGUACAUAGUUUUGUUCGAAUUACAUCCGAACAAAUUGAACUGAAUCGUGUAUUCAAUUUAUCGCCAGACAUGCGUAUUUUCUCUUUGACUAAUACGUCAACGACAACAUGUACAACAGUACCAAAGACAAAAACAACCGCUUCCACGCCCACGACUAAUCAUUCGCUCGGUUAUCUUGGUAGACGAUUGUUGAAUGAGCCUAGCUACGAUACCGAUCUCGAUACUUCAUCCCAACAUCAACAUUUGCUUCAGGCGGACAACGAGAUCAACGAAUUUCUUCAAGUCAACGAAGAAGAUAUGUUCAAAGCACUCGAAAACGUUGAACUCACAACAGAUGGAAGUGGAGAAACAUCAUAUUCGACAGCUGAGUACAGUAGUGAUUCGACAUCCGUAACAACGACAGCGUCAAGCUCGGAAGCGGUAACUACUCAAAUGAAUCACUCAAUAACUUCCGUCGCUACCUCUCAGACACUCACAUCAAUCAUUACUACAACAACAAUGACGAUUACGGUGCCGGAUACGAUAGAUUUGCCAAAUAUAACAACCUUUUUGCUGAUAUUGAAUUGUUCAAAUGCUGGUGAAACAUUGAACGAAAUAGUGACUAAUUUUACGAGCAGUUUUACGUAUCCUAUUAUUCACAUUAAUGGCACUUUAAAUUCAUACUGCUAUCGAAUACCUACGAAAGCGAAUGCCACAAUAACAAUUACCACCGAUAAAAAUGCUACAGUACUAAAUGAAGUUUACCGUGUUCUGCGAAAUAUAGCAACACACAUGGGUGUAGGCGUGUAUGGUACAAACACUUGUGGAAUAGAAGGGUUUACGACUGAAGUUCAAACUGUGACGUCUUGUUUUCUCAUUAAUACAUGUAAUCUGUGUGGUGCGAAUCCACCACGUGGAGUCUGUGAUCCAAAACAAAAUGUUAGCAAAUGUCGUUGUUUUACCAACGAAGAAGACCCAUCGUCAUCCUAUCAAGGAGAUUUUUGUACAAAAUCAUCUGUACCUAAAGUUCCAUCCUCGCGCUCGUCUCCAAUCGUGAUCGGCAUUUUGGCCGGUUUAUGUGGCCUGCUUUUCAUAAUAACCAUUUAUCUGAUAGUCAUUACAUUUUUACAGCGUCGACGCCGUUUGCGACAGCAAGCUAUUAAAACGUCAGUUCAACAACAAGCUCAGCAUUCACGGCAUUUGCCACGAAUUCAACCACCAGCUGCCCUCACUCCAGACCAGGUCUCUCACUACGUCGAAAGCGUCACGUCAACGUUAAAUACUCAUGAAACAAGCCAGGGUAAUCCUGAAAUGAAUUCAAUAGGCAGUCAGUUCUAUCGAGAACUUGACCGACUAUUGAAUGAACAAUCUCCUACUACAAUAUCACCAUCCACGCGAAGCAUUAGAACAUUUGAUAUAACAUCUGACACACUAUCGUCAUUGCACAGUUACGAUCCUAUCUAUGAAUUGGAUGCGAUUCUCGACAAUGAUGACAUAUAUAUAGAACUCAAUCGACAGACUCAAAGUCAAGAAAAUGAACAGUAUUUUAAUUUUUGA